CGAGCCAGAUAGAGGAGUGAUCAACCUGAGAGUUUAAACAAACCAGAGCCGGCAGCGCAGAGCCGGCAGCGCAGAGCAGACACACUAUCUUUCUCACACACACACACACACACACACACACACACACACACACACACACACUCAUACAGCUGUUCAGCGCUGAGGGAACUCACCGGAGAGUACAGCUGAGACAGUGAGACAUCUGUACCGGCAAACUUUCACCUCCUAACCCCUAUCCAUCAAUCCCCCCUGCAGCCAAACCCUGACCGAAGCAUCGCAUUCUCCAGACGAUCUGACUGUCAGACGUGAGAUCUCAGACUGAGAGGCUGUCUGGCUACAUCUGCACCGAUGGAAGCCCCUACCCUGGCUGGGAUGGCAGACUUGUGUUGCCCCCGGUCUUCUUCUCCAGAGGGGGAGACCGUAUGUGCAGCUUUAGCCCGUUAUGAGAAUACUCUCCGGGACGCUAUCAGGGAGAUCCACGUGGACGUCAACGCAUUUAAGCUGGGCAUGGAGUGUCGUCUGGAGGAGACAGCCAACCUGAGCGGGCCUCUUGGACGAGCGGUGGCUCAGCUCCAGCAGGAGAACCGGCAGCUCAGGAGUCAGCUGGAGGCUCUUACUCUACAGGUGGAGCUCCUUAGUGGGAUGACAUGUGACAGGAGCACCGCGCUCAACGGCCACAAUCACAGUUCGAAUCACAAGAACCUCCUCAGUGACAUUCAGGAGAACCAUCAGGAGGUAAAAGAGGUGAUCUAUGGGAAGGGUGAGGCUCUCCUCCACGUCCAGCCCUGUGUUCCGGGGGGCCAAGCCCAGACCCACAGUGGCCUCAGCAGCCAGGCGUCCACACCUUCUACCUUGUUAUCCUUGCCCAUCUCCAGCAGCCCUCCUGUGGGCUCCAGAGUUUCCUCCAUGGUGACGGGCCCGGUAUCAAGCAGCAGCCCCUCCACUGCCCGCUUCUCCAGCCGAGCCACAUUUGCAGUUUCAAGCAAGACUAAUGUGAGUACUGUAUGUUUGUAG